GCGGCCAGAGUAAAUAGCAGGGCUGCCCGGGUGCCUAUAUAAAGGGGGUGAUGCAACCGCGCCGACAGCCAGAGAGUUGGAGGCGCGCUCGGGAAGAGGCAGAGGCGGCUGCUGCUGCUGCCCUGCGCCGAGGAGCUGCGGCACUCGUCCCGGCUUCGGCAGCAGCCCGCGGGUCGCCUCUUUCUCUCUCUUGCCUUCUAACUUCUCCUUAACAAGUCACGCUCGCCUUUCCUCCCCUCCCGCAGUGGGUGUUCUUUUACCUUGGAGCGCCCCGAACACUGGAAAGAAAAAGAAGAGGAACAGCAAAAUGAUGCUCCAACACCCAGGUCAGAUAUCUGCUUCAGAAGUUAGUGCCUCUGCAAUCGUUCCAUGCCUGUCUCCUGCAGUAUCUCUGGGAUUUGAAGACUUUCCAAAUCUAAACCCAUUGGUGAAAGAAGAAUUAAGAUUUGCUAUCCAGAAUAAGCGCCUAUCCCACAGGAUGCCCUCCACAUUGGACACAGUAACUGUUUCUGAUAGACUGGGUGAAACAUCUCUCUUUAAAGCUGAGGGUGCACCUGAGGAAGAUGAAAGGAAAAGACGACGGAGGGAAAGAAACAAGAUUGCAGCAGCAAAAUGUCGAAAUAAGAAGAAGGAAAAAACUGAAUGUCUGCAGAAAGAAUCAGAAAAACUGGAAACUAUCAAUGCAGAACUGAAAGCUCAGAUAGAGGAGCUGAAGAAUGAGAAGCAGCAUUUGAUUUACAUGCUCAAUCUGCACAGGCCCACUUGCAUUGUUCGAGCCCAGAAUGGGAGGACACCGGAGGAUGAAAGAAACCUCUUCAUUCAGCAAAUCAAAGAAGGAACCUUACAAGGCUAAGUGACAGUGAUGAGAUAAUGCUUUUGAUAUCUUUAGGGCAUGUCUUUACAUUAAAAAGCUCCCAAACCAGAAGCCACAGAGAAGCUAUCUCUGUCACGGUCUCCUGUUAGUAAAGAGAAGGCAAAGAAGAUGACAUUUCUAAGCAGAAAAGAGAUUUUAGCUUAGCUGUUGUUCUCCCAGUUGACAAGACUCAACCAGGUUGAAGAGAGGCCUCUGCCUUUGCUUCAGAUUUAAGUAUCUGCCAUGCCUUCUAAUUCCUAGAAGCCAUAUUCAUGACAGUUACAGACAUGCUAAACUGCUAGCAUGUGGUAUUUGCACUUGAGUUAUUUCUAGUAGAAUACUAGGACUCUCAGUGAUGCACAGAAUACAGACAACAAGGCUGAAUGGACAUCACUCUUUCUUGAGUCGGGUAGGAAACGUAAAUGAAACUUUGCUUCAGAUUCUGAAAAGAAAAAGGAUUGCAGUGCUCAGAAUGCUGCUUUCAGUUCCAGAAGGCAUUGCAAUGUGGUGGGAAUUACUACAUUUCUGUAAUCUAGUGCAAUGUACUAAACUAAGCAUUGUACUUUUAGUUUUUACGGAAACCCUUCUGUGGGUUUUUUAAUGACUCAUUUUGGAGGCAAACUGUGGGGCAAUAUGACAGGCAUCAGCUUCUUGCAAAAAUGUUCAUUAAACUAAAUCUGAGCUUAUGAAGUGGAAACAUUAUCCCAUUUGGCUUCUUUUUAAAAGGGGAAAUUCCCCUUGAGAACCCACAUUAUGAGUCACAGUAUUCAAAGGAACUUUACAAUACAUAAGGCAAUUUCUUAUUAAGUACUGAAAUUAAAGACUGUCUUUCAUUAUGGUUCACUAUAUCUGGGACUGUUGCAAGUCUUUCUUUGGCACAGUUGGCAUCUUUUCCAGAGCAAGAAGCUGGUUGCUGUCAAUUAACUUAUGUCAACGGCUGUGUAUGUGUUAAUUGCACGUGUAUUCAAAACGCCUCA